GGUGGUCUACAUCUUGAAGAGUAUCCAUCUGCGGGUUCCGGAAUAAAUCUCAGCAGGGGAGCCGUGGUAUUGUUUGCUUUCUCUUCUGUGAAUUCGCCGGAUUUCGAAGAUCUACGGACCAAAAUGCGGUCGAGGACAGGAGGGAGAGCGGCGGCGGCGGCUUUCAGUCCGAUCGAGGAGUCUCCGUCUGCGGAGAAGUCGGCGGAGUGGGAGGUCAGGCCGGGCGGCAUGCUCGUCCAGAUGCGCAACCCCGACGCCGACUUCACGGCCGCUCCCGUGCCCACCAUCCGUGUCAAGGUCAAGUUCGGCGCCGUGUACCACGAGAUCUAUAUCAGCUCCCAAGCCACCUUCGGGGAUCUGAAGAUGGCGGUGUCGGCAAGGACGGGGGUGCACCCGCUGGACAUGAAGCUGAUGUACAAGAGCAAGGGGAGGGAUUCGACGGCGUUCCUCGACAUCGCCGGCGUGAAGGACAAGUCGAAGGUGGUGUUGGUGGAAGACCCCACGGCGCAGGCCAAACGCCUACUCGAGAUGCGCAAGACCGACAAGAUGGAGAAGGCCGCCAAAUCCAUCUCCGCCAUUAGCCUCGAGGUCGAUCGACUCGCCACCAAGGUGUCGGCGUUGGAGGCGAUUGCGAACAAAGGCGGGCGGGUGGUGGACAAUGAUGUGACCAAUCUCACCGAGUCUUUGAUGAAUGAGCUGAUCAAGUUGGACACCGUCGUCGCCGACGGGGAUGUGAAGCUGCAGAGGAAAAUGCAGAUCAAGAGAGUGCAGAAGUACGUGGAGACACUGGACGCGAUCAAGAUCAAGAACGCCACGCCGAGAGCAAAAGACCAGCCGCGACCGACACAGCAUCCGGUUCAGGCUCAGCAGAGAUGGGAGUUGCAGCAAUCACGUAACCCAUUUCAACAACAAGACCAUCAGCAGCUGCUUCCGCAGAAGCAGUCGGUGGUGGCGACGACGAACUGGGAAACGUUUGAUCUACUGACGCCAUCCACCCCCACGGCCACCUCGGCCACCACCACGGCCGCCUCCACCGCGUCGUCCACGCCCCACGCUAGGUUCGACUGGGAUCUAUUUUGAAGGCCUGCCCGAGGAACUACUACUAUUACAUGCCCACCGAAGUAUGUGUGACGAUUACGUUUGGUUGCGCUUUUUUUCAUUUGUGGACCAAAUCCUGCACUUUCUUCAUCUGCUCUAUUACUAUUCUUUGUGUGUAUAUGUCUGCCCUUGGGAGGAGGGGAUUCAUUCUGCAUCAUGAGAAAUAAUUGUUAUUGAUGAUGAUUAUGUUCUAUCUAGCAUUUCAAGGUAGACAAAAUGGCCAUAUUUAUAGCGCAGGAGGAAGAGUUUUGUACAAUAUGUGACUUCUUGUGGGUUUGUUUAUAAGCGCUA